AUGCUAUGUGUGAAACUAUCCCGGAAUGGAGCCGACAGUGAGACCUGGAAGUGGCUUGCCGCUAAUGAUAUCGGCUCCCUCAACUUAGGUCGAGAAGCUACAGCUGCUGAGUUGGCGUGGCAUCUUCUUCAGACGUAUCUAGAGAGGUACGAUCAGAAGGGGGAUCAUCUUCACUUCAAGACGGUGAUCAAGAAACUACUCUCUCUGGGCUUCCAGCUACCACAGUGGAUCAUCAACUCAUACAAGAAACUUGACCCUGGCAACCUGUUGUUGCUCUACAUAACCUUUGACCUUUUGGAAGAAGCUGCCAAUUUAGGCGUCGAGUUCAUUGAUGCGAUCCUCGGCAAAGGAGUGGAGUACUUUGGCCUCAAGAACCCGAUCCGCCCCACGUCACCCAGCGUGUGGCUUCCCUACCAGCAGCUGGACCAUCUCCUCAAGGCCCUGAAGGAGACCAGGAAUGAUCCAGAACUCAUACGGCUUCACAAUCUCCUGAAUGGCAGACUGGAGGAAUAUCAGCACUACGCCGGACAGAUAUCAAAAGAAAUGAUUGCCAUCGCUCACAGAAAACAGCAGAUAUCUCGCUAAAUGCUAAACGAGCUUUAUUUUGAUGGUUUAUGGACAUGGGUAUCGACAGAAAUGAUCGCCAUUGCUCACAGAAAACAGCAGAUAUCA